AUGCUUACCGUACAUCAUAUGCGCGUCUCUCAAUCCGAGAGAAUCGUCUGGCUUUGCGAGGAGCUGGAGAUCAAAUACGACUUGAAGCUACACAACCGUGAUCCUAUGUUCUCUCCUCAGGCUAUCAAAGAUCUCUAUGAGAUUGGUUCCGCUCCCGUCAUCCAAGAUGGCGACCUGACCAUGGGAGAAUCCGCCGCUUGUGUCGAGUACAUCAUCCACAAGCACGGAGAUGGUCGCCUGGCUCUGCCACCAUCGCAUCCAAACUACGCCGACUAUGUCUACUGGUUCGCCUUCUCCAACGGAACCUUACAGCCAGCUGUGAGUCGUCUCAUGAGCAUUAAAGCUGCCGGUGUCGACUCAUCCAACGACACUGCAAAGCGCUAUCAAGGAAAGCUGGAUCUUUACCUUCGUCAUGUCGACGGUCGUCUAGGUCGCACCAAAGAGUGGCUAGCAGGCGAGGAGUUCACUGCUGCCGACAUCAUGACUGUCUUUACUCUUACCACAAUGCGUACCUUUUACAGCAUCGACCUCAGCGCAUACAGCAACAUCUUGGCCUACCUCAAACGAGUUGUCCAAAGACCUGGAUACACGAGUUAUCGCGAGAAGGGCGAUCCAGAGCUUCCUCUCAUGAUUGAUGGACCUGCUCCUGAAAAUUUCCUUGAGAAACUAAAGUCGAAGGCUUGA